AUGGAAGAAAAUAAACUUAGUGGAAAUAAACCGAUUCAACUUGCUACCUGGUCGAACCAGAUGGGGUCACCAGAAAACAAUGGAAAUAAUGCAAAUAAUGGUAGUGAUGUACAGAAUGUUAUUCAGAAAGCUUUAGGCUUGAUUCGACAGUUGAACAAUAAUGGGCUAAUGAGUCCGAUGGAAGAAGAGCAUUCGCAACCUUCAUCUUCACAAGAGACACUUAGUGUCGAUAGAGAGAUUAAUGAACAGGGCCGUUUGCGUCUUCUUAUGCAAGCAAAAGAUGAUAAUACGCGGAAGGAAGUAGGCACAUAUUCUAGUCCGAUGGAUUCUGCGUACGCCAGGGAAAAUAUGUUAAACGUUUUGCAAUCAUUAGUUACGCAUCUGAACCAAGCUGUCAGCCAAAUACAACAAUUAAAAUUCAAGAACAUGAUUCUUACUUCAAAUGAAAAUAAUAUUCAGUCGAGGCAUGAAGUGGAAGAUAAUCUCCAGAAACAGCAAUUUGAAAGGAUGAAGUGUCAGUUUCUAUUGGAACGUCAAAGUUUGAAGGAUCAAUUGCGAAAGCGAGAGAAUAAAAUUGUUAAAUAUAAGCAGAAAAUUAUUGAAAAGAACAAGAAAUUAAACAAUCUAGCAAAAGUACUUAAUCAACAUGCAAUAUCUGAUACCUCUCAAAUAGAUAGUUUCAGUAGCUCGGUAAAGAAAACGCCUUCGUCGACUACAACGCCCCAAGAAAUGAAGUCGGACAUGUUGAACACCUUGGGAAUAUUGGCCACACAUGUCUUGAAAGAUGAAAUUGACGAUGAUUCUGGAAAUCAAACGAUUCUGCAACUGGCUGCAGGGAGUAUAAGCAACGAUUGUAACACUACGGAGUUGGAAAUUACGUGCAGUCCUGAAAUGGGAAGGACUAUUACACACAAUCGACCAAAUACUAAAGAUGAGUCAAUUCAGGAUUCACAUGGGAAUAGGACCCUCCAAUUGCCCAAAAUGAAAAGUUUCAGUACCAUAGACGGAAGCAUUAAGGAUAUUAAGUGA